CCCACGAAACCUGAUUCCAAUAUAUAUAUAUUUUUAUUUAUAUUUUAAGGAGCCUUUGCUAAAACGCGGCUAAUGGCUAUAUACGCCGAGGCCGGCAUUUAGCUUUGUCAUCCUUCGCCAUUCUUCUUUUUCUCACGUAUGCAGGAAACCAGCCCACUGUUUUAUUCUUUCUUUUUAUAACUAUUUUUUCUUCAUGCAUGUAAAUCCUAUCAAAAUCUAAUUCCAUUAACAUUUUUUUAAUAUUUAACUUUUUUUUAUAAAUUUUGUUGAUGCAUGAAAGGUAAAGAUUUCUUUACUUAAAGAUUAUUUAUAUCAUCUGUGUUUUUCAAUCAAUAUCUUUAAUUUUGUCAAUUAGAGCAAUAAAAAUUCAAUUUUUUUCUUUCUUCUUUUUCAACAAAAAAUGGAACCUGAGAGACCAAAUUAUGGUGCGAUAAUGGUUCACUUGAAAAAACCGUAUUGGGUUUUCCUUAUUCUUCUCUUUACAUUCGUAGCUGUUCUCACUUUUCAAAUCUCCACAAAAGAUAUCCUUCCUUUCCAAUUCUUUGGCGUUACUGGAUCACGUAAAACCAGCGUCACAUCCGGCUCCGACCCCGUCCCCGACCCCGGAAGUUGCGCCGGGUUGUUGGGAGAGUUUCCUGAGAGAAAACAUGUUAUGUCGAUAAAGGAAUUCGGGGGAGUUGGCGAUGGGAAAACCUCAAAUACGGCUGCAUUUUGGAAGGCGAUAGUUCACAUGCAACGUUUAAGUAACAAAGGCGGGGGUCAGCUUAAUGUGCCCAAAGGAAAGUGGUUAACAGGAAGCUUUAAUCUCACCAGUAAUUUCACUUUGUUUCUUGAAGACGGUGCAGUUAUUUUAGGUUCUCAGGAUCCAAAGGAAUGGCCUGUUGUAGAACCAUUGCCUUCUUAUGGUAGAGGGAGAGAGAGACUGGGAGGAAGACACAUAAGCCUUAUUCAUGGAGAUGGCCUUACCAAUGUAGUCAUUACAGGACAGAACGGGACAAUUGAUGGUCAAGGUGGGAUGUGGUGGGAUUUAUGGCAGAACAGAAGGCUAACACACACAAGAGGCCACCUCGUAGAGCUAAUGAACUCUCAUAACAUUCUUAUCUCUAACCUAACCUUCCGGAAUUCACCAUUUUGGACCAUUCAUCCUAUUUACUGCAGCAAUGUCGUUAUUAAGGGCAUGACAAUAUUGGCUCCCCUUAAUGCCCCAAAUACAGACGGAAUAGACCCCGACUCAAGUACCAAUGUAUGUAUUGAAGACUGCUAUAUUGAGAGUGGAGAUGAUCUUGUAGCAGUGAAAAGUGGAUGGGACCAGUAUGGCAUCAGAGUGGCACGACCAAGCUCAAACAUAAUAGUAAGGAGAAUCUCAGGCACUACACCAACUUGUUCUGGUGUUGGCAUUGGUAGUGAGAUGUCUGGAGGGAUUUCUAAUGUAAUUAUUGAAGAUAUGAAUAUUUGGAAUUCAGCAGCUGGGGUUCGUAUAAAAACUGACAAGGGUAGAGGAGGAUACAUUGCAAAUAUCACCAUAAAAAACAUAACAAUGGAACGAGUCAAAAUACCCAUUAUGUUCAGUAGAGGCGCCAAUGAUCACCCUGACUAUGGAUGGGAUCCUAAAGCUAUUCCUAAAAUAAAGGGGAUUUUCAUUAGUAAUAUUAUGAGUUUGAAUUCAACAAAAGCCCCCAUACUCGCUGGUAUCAAGGGUGGGUCAUUUGAAGGGCUAUGCUUCAAGAAUGUUACACUACUUGGACUUGCCCCAACUGCAGCAUGGCAUUGUGAGUUUGUUUCAGGUUGUACCAAUGCUGUGUUUCCAUUGCCAUGUCCCCAGUUGCAGAACAAUGGCUCCUCAGCAUGUUGCAUAUAGGCUUUAAGUUUGAAAUAUAUUGAAGUUUCAAGUGAAUCAUUUCACUAACUUAAUAAGUCCGAACUUCAGUUGGUCAUGCGAUUCUUCCUCUAUUCUCCAUGUGAGGGAGAUAUGAAGUUGGGUUUUGAAAAGCCUGCAGACUAGAAGGGCUACUGGCUGAGUUAGCCUCCUGCAAUAUUGUCAAAAUAUAUGAUUCGUAGAGCAGUUAGACUUGCUUGGGCAGUGGACAGGAUAGUCUGGUGUUAACUGGAUUGAUGGCAUGCUCUGGGUUCAUUCAACCAAUGACAACCAAAUAUCACAUGUAAAAAGAACACAGAAUUCAUUUUAUUUUUAUAAAGGAAUAUUAUUAUUAAUAUUAUUGCUGUUGUCACUCAUCUCA